AGAUAACCACAGAAUCACCCUCAGUCCAACACUAUACUACUCCUCCUCCUCCCUCUCUCUCUCUAUCAUCAUGGCCGUGGAACUGUGGGAGACUUUGAAGGAAUCAAUCGUAGCCUACACAGGUCUCUCUCCUGCAACUUUCUUUACAGUUGUUGCUUUGGUUCUUGCCGUCUACUAUAUGGUAUCUGGGAUUUUACCCUCCUCCGAUCCUGGUCGUCAUCAGAGGUCUAGGGAAUCCGAGGAACAGAUGCGGCCUUUGCCGCCUCCUGUUCAGCUUGGAGAGAUCACUGAGGAGGAGUUGAAGGUGUACGAUGGGUCUGAUCCUAAGAAGCCUUUGCUCAUGGCAAUCAAGGGUCAAAUCUAUGAUGUGUCACAAAGCAGGAUGUUUUAUGGACCUGGUGGGCCUUAUGCCCUGUUUGCGGGGAAAGAUGCUAGCAGAGCUCUUGCAAAGAUGUCCUUUGAAGACAAAGAUCUGACAGGGGAUAUCUCUGGCCUUGGUGUAUUUGAGCUCGAGGCCUUGCAAGAUUGGGAAUACAAGUUUAUGGGCAAAUAUGUUAAGGUUGGCACUGUCAAAACUACAGUACCUGUAACCGACUCAUCGAAUGCUAGUGAACCUGCUGAAGCUAUCGACCGUGAUGCUGCUAAGCCCGCAGAAGAUGUUCCAUCAGAGAAUGCUGCUGUUGAAACCGUGGAGAGCACAUCGAAUAGUGAUACCGACAAAAAAGAGUAAUUGUUGUUAAUGCACUUCUAAAACUGCUUUUCGGAACUAAGGGGAACAUGUUCUGAUGGAGAAUGCCAAGAAAGCAUAAUGCGGGUUGCAUGUGUUUUGUGAAUCUGUUCGGAUAUAAGUAUUUUGCGAGUGUAGGAUACUUUUACCAUAAUCAAACUUGCUUUGAGUGUUUAGUUUGCUGUAUUAAAUAACGGAUCAGACAUGUUCUACAUUUGGGGCUCGUGGCAGUAUUCAAAUCAUAUGUUGAGUUUAUGAUUAGUUAUUAGAGCCAAGAAUGUAGCAUUGCAUCUUUAGCUAUUGAAACCAUUUUUGCGUUUCCGCAGUGCUCAUGGUUUCUCUUUCUGUAGUGAUGGUUGGAGUAACUGCUAUAUCUUGUGGUCGAUCAAUAACUCAUGAAUGGCACAAUGUAUGGUUUCAAGCGGGUCGUAGUGGUACUAAUUAUCCUAGUGAGUUGUGAAGAAAGCUGGGUGAUAAUGUUUGAAAGCAGCUGUGGAGCUAGAGGAGUAGGAGUGGUGUAAUGGUGGUGGAACCUAGAAUGUACGAGAUAUGGAGCAGGUUGGUAGUGAUGGUGAUAGUAGUG